UAAGGCUAUCUUUCAGUAUCACGCCUUUAACUUUGUUGCAGGAUGGGGAGAUUCAAUCAACUGGAUGCCAUUUGAAGAAGGUCUUAAAGCUAGUGCAGAAACGAGUAAACCUUUGAUGCUGGUUAUCCAUAAGUCAUGGUGUGGUGCUUGUAAAGCACUGAAGCCUAAUUUUGCUAAGGAUAAAGGAAUAGCUGAGCUUGGGACCAAGUUCAUUAUGGUGAAUGUAGAGGAUGACGAGGAGCCGGGGGAUCAAAAGUAUGCUCCUGAUGGUGGUUAUAUACCAAGGAUAUUAUUUUUAAAUAGCAAAGGGGAUGUCCAGCAAGAUCUGAUAAAUGAGAAUGGCAAUGCUAAUUAUAAAUAUUACUACCCACAGACAGCUGAUAUUGUAUUAUCAAUGAAGAAAGCUCUAGAAACUAUAAAACCAGCACCACCACCCAAACCAGAUGAACUGUAGACACAAGGAUUUUAGGAACUUGUAGAAUUUUACAGCAACUGGAAACAGAAACUGAAGCAUUCAUGAUUCCCCAUGAUGAAUAUCUUAAUGUAAACUGUACAAGCUCUGUUUGAUAAUAUGUGAAGAGAACUAGUCAAUGGAAGAUUAUAUUUGAUAGUGAAUUUUUAGCUCAUCAGGAAGUGCUGAAUUACAGCAGGUCAUAUUCAUUAUCUUUUUUAACCGUCAUUGCUCAUAGCAUAUUUUUAAAACAUUUUAAUACAAUAAACCCUUUUAUGUCAAGAAAGGAUAACAUUACUGACAUUUUUCAGAUAUAUAUGUUGUUUUUUCAUGCUGUUGUGCCAAUUCUUGCUUCAGUUAUGAAAUUUUAAGCUUCCUGUUUAAUGAGAUCCAUUACUGAGUGUCAUGCUGCCACAGUUAAAUCUUUCAAGAUCUUUAGGAUAUUGUCACCCUUCAUUCAAAACUCCUUAUUUACUGCCUUACAUACAUUCUUUUUGGUAACAAAUGAAUCUUCAGUGUAUGGUGACUAAAUUAAUGAACAUUUACACAUAUGUCAUCUUAUGGGUGACAUCAUAAUUGCAAUUUUGGGGCAAAAACUGAAAAAUUGGUUUCUCAAAUUUCUCUUUUACCUGAGUACCCAUGAUCACCAUGCAUUAUUGAAUCAUUAGACUCAGAAAAAAAGCCAUUUUCAGCAUCUGGAUGAUAAUAAAGGGUUACAGUAUCCAUACAAUACAAAAUCCAAAAG